GUCCGUCCAUCAUGACCAUCAGGCGGGCUUUCAAGACCUGCUUCGGCUUUGACUCCGAUGCACUCGACGAUGCGCCUCUAUCGGAGAAGCACGAGCCCCUGACGUCGGAAUGCAGCAGCUCUGAGCGCUUUAUCGCGAUCAGCAAGCGAAUUAGUACAAGCGAACGCUUAGCAGCUCUGCGUCGCCUCAUGAGCGACCAAAAGCUUGCUGCCUACGUCGUUGUGAGCGAGGACGAGCACGGGACGGAGUAUGUUGCGCCCAGCGAACGACGUCGCGGCUAUAUCUGCGGCUUCAACGGGUCAGCUGGCGUGGCUAUUGUCCUGAGAGAUUGCGCUCAGAUCUUCGUCGACGGUCGCUACUACAUACAAGCAGCUGAACAGAUCGAUCACAAUUGGACUCUCCGCAAGGUCGGCCAGCCCGGUGUGCCCACAUGGGUUGAAUAUAUUGCGACACACCUCAGAGGCGAGCGCGUUGGUCUGGACGCCAAGCUGAUCAGUAUUUCACUAGGCAAGCAGCUGGAAAAACUCGCAUGCAUCCUUGUCUUUCCCAAGACGAACCUGAUCGACGAGAUCUGGUCCAGCAAGCCUGCCCGACCGUCUCGACCCAUAGAAGAUUAUCCAGUGGAAUUUGCAGGCAAGUCGACCGUUCGAAAGCUAGCCGAACUUCGCGCCUCGCUCGCGGAUACGCAGACACGAGGCAUCGUUGUCAGCGAUCUGACGGAGAUUGCUUGGCUGCUCAACUUGCGCGGUGAGGACGUACCAGAGACGCCGGUCUUCUUUGCCUAUGUCAUCGUCGAUGCCCAGACUGCGACGCUAUACACAGAUGCGCCGACCAUAGACAGAGCCGCACAGAUUGCGCUCGGUAACGCGUCUGUCACCAUCGCAAAUUACACUGCUUUCUAUCCUGCCUUGGCAGACUGCUCGGCUGGCUUUGCAGUCGGGCAAGACGCCUCGUUCGCAAUCGCCACCAGUCUGAAAGAGGCCCGAGUACUAACGGUCUCGCCUGUCGGGCUAGCGAAAUCGAUCAAGAAUCCGCUCGAGAUUAUGCGUAUCAAAGACGGCUACGUUCGCGACGCAGUUCAGUGGUGCAUCUGGGCCGCCUGGCUCGAAGAGUUGCUCGUCAAGAAGAAACAAACCAUAUCCGAGUGGGAUGCAGCGGAAGAGCUGACCAGAUUGCGCAAGCAAGACAGACACUAUCGCGGUCUGGCCUAUGAGAACAUAUCUGCCACGGCAGGCAAUGCUGCAAUGCCUCAUUACGCACCUACUGCUCGCCAAUCCAGCCUCAUCGAUAUCUCUACGCCUUAUCUCAAUGAUUCUGGGCCUCAAUACGGCGACGGCUGUACGAUUGACACCACACGGACCAUGCACUAUGGUAAGCCGACAUAUCUCCAGAAGAUCGCCUAUACACGCGUAUUGCAAGGUCACAUUGCUGCAGCUACCGGUAUGUUUCCAGAAGGCACGACGGGUGCUACAUUGGACGCGUAUGCGCGUCGUCCACUCUUCAACAUCGGUCUCAAUUACAGCCAUGGCACGGGUCACGGCAUAGGGUCGUAUCUUUGCGUACAUGAAGGUCCGCUCUCGAUCAGACAAGGCAAUGCGAUACCUCUCCAAGAGGGUAUGGCUUUCUCAAUAGAGCCAGGCUACUAUGAGGCAAACGAGUUUGGCAUCCGAAUCGAAAGCAUCUAUACUCCUAAUCCAGUCAUGCGGACAGAUAGCACAAAGUGGUUCACGCUCCACCGUAUCACUCAGAUUCCGAUCGAUUUAGUGAUGGUCAAUUGGGACGAAAUGUCUGAACUCGAAAUUCGCUGGCUGCGAGCGCACAAUCGGGAAUGCGCUGAUACUGUUCGCGAGCAUCUCGACCCGAACGAUAAGAGGACAUUGCGAUGGCUCGAGCGGCAGUGUAAGAUCAAAUGAUGUUGUGCAUACGCAUGCAAUGUGUACAAUCUGUGUG